AGUCAAUCACAUGAUAGUGUCUGUGAUUUACGCUGAUAUCGACAGGGAGAAUGGUUGUCAUCUUAUUUUAGUGGUUCAUUAAGAGAAAACUUAUAUCGAUGAUCAUGCCGGGGCCCGAUGGGGAGUUUGUGCGGAGCUCGGGGGGCCAAGUCGACGAGAUGACCUUGGCGCUUAUCGAUGCUGCCUAUGAUAAGGACAGUACUGUACAGGAGAGUGUAGCCAAUUCACUGUUUGACCUAGGCAGGAAGAAGACCGCUCUGGUGCUAAGUUCAUGCUACUCCUACCUGAAAAAGCAUUCUAAGCUCUCACAGGGUCAUCGUGUGGUUAUCCUGCAAGUUAUGGAGCGUAUUAUCAAGGAGAAUCUGGACUCUGUUGAUCCAUCUUUGUCUGUGGACCUCAUCAAACAGGCCUCUGAGGAACUGACUCAGUCAAAGGAAGUGGUACCCGAGUGGCAGACUGCGGCCAGUGGAGUUCUAGUUGCCCUUGGGAAGAAAUACUGCAACGAGGUGAUGGAGGUGCUUCUGGAGAAGUUCCAGCCAGGCAUAUUACCUCACUUCUUCGUCGUGCAAACCAUGGCUAAUUUAGCCUCUGCUAAUGUGUAUGGGAUGGUGCCCCACCUGACUGCUGUGCUGGGGACAAUGUUACCCAUGUUGGGAAUGGCCAAGCAAGACAACAUCAGAUGGGUCUUCUCCUCAGCUUUGUCUAAGUUCAGUGAGGCCAUCUUGGAUUACAUCGCUAACAUUGACAAGGCCCCAGACAACACUGUUACUAAGGAAGUAUUUGCUGGAGAAAUCUUCUCUGCCUAUGACAUACUUUUCAACGUCUGGCUUCAGUCCAAAGAAGCAAAACUUCGCCUGGCCAUUAUUGAGGCCGUGGGUCACAUGACACAUUUAAUAGGCAGAGAUAAGUUAGAGGAACAGUUACCACGGUUACUGCAGGGAAUUCUGGGAUUGUAUAAACGUCACCCUGAGCCAUACCACAUCACACAGGGUUUGGCCAUGAUAUUAGAUGCAGUCUGUGAGGAGGGUAGUGUGAUUUUAGAACCUCACCUGGAUAUUCUCCUCAACGUACUGUUUACUCAGGUGUGUGUUCCAUGUGAUUACACCAACCCAAUGGCAAUGAAAAAUCACAAUGAGCUCCUGAGGUGUUUUGCCGUCAUGGCACGCUGUUUUUCUGGGAGAAUUAUUGGGUUCCUGUUACAAAAGCUGGAAGCUGGAAAUGAAAGGAUCAAGUUAGGUGCUUUGUCAGUCUUCAGACACCUGAUAAACGCUGCCACAGCAUCAAUGGAGGACAAGAAAGAAGUGAUUGUAUCUGGUUUAAAAAUGGUUGCCAGUGACAACAACAAUAAGGUCAAAAAGAUGUUCGCACAAGUUGUCAUAGCAAUGGCACAUCAUGGUUACCUGGAGUUAGAAGGGGGACAACUCAUGGUGGAAUUUAUUGUCAGACAAUGUGCAUUACUGCCAGAUCCGCCAGGUAAGCGGUCAGCAGAUCCUGAAUAUGUCAGUAAUGAUCAACUCCGCCAGAUGUGUGCAAAUAUCUUACAGCUUAUCACAACAACCAUAGAGCUCAUGGAAUCAGUAUUAUGGCCUUACCUGUUGGAGUUAGUCAUACCCGAGACCUACACAGAUGCUGCAGGGACACUGUGUAAGAGUCUGGCUUACCUGGCCAAGAAGAAGAGGGAAGAGAACGCUGAUGACUUUGAGAUUGAUUUUGAAUCGGAUGUAAACCUUCCAAAGCCACCAAUCUUGAUUGCCAGACUCAUGGUUCUUGCGGGCAGACCGACCAAUGGGAAUGAUCGUGGCAUCCACGUCCUGACUUUGAUGCAGUACAUAUCUCCAAACCUCCAUGAGAAUUUGGUUUCCAUUUGGGAUACCGUCAUCCCAAAGCUUGUUCAUUUCUUGGAAGAUGCAGUGGACAGUGAUAAGGACUGGUCACAGAAGAAUUGGGAAGAUCUCAUUCUUAAGAUGCUGUCCAAAUCCUUGGAUGAAGUGCAAGAUGAAGAUUGGAUAGCAGAGCUAGGAGAAGCUUUCGGCCAACAAAUACCGCUGUAUUCCAACAUGCCCGAGGAAAAGAAUUUUCUAUUCAAGUGCCUAGGAAUUGUGUGCAGAAAAUCCACCAAGAAGGAGUUUGUGAUUAAGCAUCUAGACCUGAUAUUUAGCUCAGUACGGCACAACAGUCAAGUGGAAAGGGAGGGUUGUGCCAUAGCUCUAGGAUUCUGUGCCUCUUCUCACUUGGAUGCUGUCCUUAGCAAACUGGACAGUGUGGUUAAGACUGACCUGAGCAAGAAGUCUGGUGGACUCCUCAGCUUUAUGAAGCAAGACAAGUCUGAUGGUGACACAGAAAAGAUCAAGGCUACGCUGAUGUUGUGUUAUGGAUUUGUCACCCUGUACUCGCCGCCCUCUCUGAUCGUGUCAAGGAUGGAGGCCACUAUACUCAGAACAAUUAAUCCCUACCUGGUCAAUGUCAAGGACUACAGUGUGAAGCAGAACCUAAUCCGGACCAUGGAGUUGAUAGCAAAGGCCUUACACCCCAGCCACCUACAGACACAGUACACCUUUACCAAGAGAGGUGAUCUCCUUACCCAUCUACAGAGCUAUAUGAGAGGGGAGAGCACGUCCAGCAUUAACAAUGAGACUCGGGCUCUGGCAAUGAAUGCCUGUGCUGAACUUGUUAAACUGGAACCUUGUCUUCCUGAAGCUGAAAUUUUUGAAUUGGUGAAAACAGCUUUGGAUUGUGUGUUCCCGCUGCCACCAGAUGGGGUUAGUGCCAAGAAAAACAAAGAGGAGGCAUAUAAAGAUAUGCUGGACGCAGAGGUUUUGAUGAAUGCCACAAUGGAGGCACUUCAUGACUUAAUCAAGGAACUUCUAAUUAAGAAUGUGUCUCCUGGCGGAAUGGACAGCAUUUACAAGCAAUUGGUUCCGUGGAUCCUGUCAUUACAUGAGCAUGAGAGAGAAAGAGCACUGAACACCUGUUUGAUGAUUACAGAUUUUUACCUGGAAAACAUGACCCAAGGGAUUGGGGAUGCUGUGAAGUUUGACAACCUUGGUCGCAUCUUGGCUCGCCUCAUUCCUCGUUGUACUGACCCUUGCGUUACUGUUAGACAGCUGGCCAUUGACUGUGUACAGAAUGUCCUCAGAAUCCACCUCAGAUAUGAAGGCAGUCUACCAGAUGAGAAAGACCAGAUGGUGGAGGCCUUACCCACACUGAAGGAGCGGCUGAAGAAAACAGACCCCAACGUCCUGUUUGGGGUGGUCAACGAUUUGGCAAAGGUGGUGUCUAAGAAGUUGCCAGCGGACCAGUUACAGGUGUUUCUCGAGGGUUUGUUUGAGGGCCUGAUCGACCCUCAGUCCCAUAGUUCCUCAGGGGCCUGCGUUGUGCUGAAUGGAAUCCUUAAGGCCAGAGGAACAGAGGUUGUCAAGGAGGUCUCCUCUAUACUGUUGUCGUUGCACCAGAAGCUGAGUGUGAUAGAAGUUCAGCAGACACGUACUGGCACCCUGAGGUCUAUCAGAACCAUGUCCAGUCAUCACCUGAUACCUGUACUCACCUCCCUACUCACCUUCCCUCUUCCUUUUGAUGAUAACGUAGUGGAGAUUUGGAAGAUCCUGUCUCAGGACCCAGUGCUGGUGUCAAGAAUGAUUGAACAUAUUCUGGAGCUGUUACAGCGGAGUUUGCCGUAUGAGGAGAAGCCUGGAGACAAAGAAAGACCUCAGCGAACUGCCAUGCCUCUCCCACUCGCUGCCACAUCUGCUUUGACUGAAAUCUUUAAUUGUGAAGAAACCGAGGAGGUUGUGAUGAAAAACUUUCAUCGUCUGUUUGCUGCUCUCAUCCUACGGAUCGGUUCCAUGAUCAACGUGAAGCCGCCUAAAGGCGUACAGCUGGAUAAAAAGGAGGAAGUGAAUACAAAAGAUAAGAAAUCUGCCAACAUUGUCAGAGAGAGCAAGAAAACAACCCCAUGCAGCCUGGCGGUCGUAUCAUUUCGGGCCCUCCUUGUCCGGGCACAGAGCACAGAUAUGAUAGAGCUGCUGGAUAAGGAAUCUGUGUGGCAAAUGUUUGAAGACGAAGACAGAUAUGCAGAAGCUAUGUCUAUCUUAGCCAGAGCCAUAGCCACUCACCAUCCAGAGCAGGUGCCCCAAAUCAUCGCCUCUCUCACCUCAGCCUUGUCCAGUCUCUAUGAGCCGCAGAGAGCUGUUGUAGCAGCUUUCUUCUCUGAGAUGAUAAAUCAGAAAUGUGCAGGAGACAGCACGUUGAUAGAACUGGUGAUGAACAGUCUUCUUGGGAGGUUGGUGGAUUCCUCACAACAAGUUCGCAAACUUUGCAUCCGAGGUCUAGGCAAUGUGUCCAGUAUUAGUUCCAAAGAGGUUCAAAAGUAUUCCACAACAGUUUUGUCUGCCAUGAUGGCUGGUAUGGAUGAUAAGGAGGACCCAGACGAUGACAUCACGCUGGAGGCAAUGAGCGGGCUGUCCAAGGUUCUGUCAGAGAUUGAUGAGAGCCACAUCAGAGCUAUACUGAUCAAUGUUGCUCUCAGAAUAAGACCAUGCUUUGAAAAGGACAAGCCUUCAGUAAGGGCCCAAGCCGUUAUCCUUUUUGGUAACCUCUCGAGAUUUGGAGAUGGCCCAUCCAAAGCUCCAUUCUUAGAACAAAUCCAUAGCAAUCUAGUCAGCCUCCUUCUUCAUCUUAAUGACCCAGAGCCAGAGGUCAGAAAGGCAUGCAAGUACUCAUUACGACUUUUGGGGCCAUUACUGGGAUCAGAAGACAUAAAUGACAAGUUCCAGAAACAUCUGUUGGAGGAUGCUAACCUCUUCUAUGGGGAAUUCAUGAAUGAUCUCUCCAAGCUUCUGAUCAAAGAUUUUCCAGAGAAAAUAAAUUUUUAUGUGAUGGGCUGUGUCUCAUUCUUCAAAACAAUUUGGCCAGAAAUAAAAAGCAAUGCUGCAAUCUUUGCAGGAUUCUUGUUAGGAAAUCUACCAAAAGACAAGCACAGUAACAUUUCCAAGGAGCAUGUCUGUGCAGCUCUGAUACUGCUGCUGAAGGACCAGUCAGCCAAUGUUCGUGUGAAAGCUGCCGAGGCCAUAAGCCUGCUCCAUGAAUACUGAUGAAUACAGAAUAGACUGUUAUAUAUGUCAAGACUUUGUUUUGUUGUGAUGUU